AUGAUGUCAGGAAACUACGACUACCCUCCUGCGUCUUCUUCGUCCCGCCGUUUUUCCCGCCCGACUGCGCCCACCGAACGAGGCCCCGACGUGCUCCGUCUCCAGCAUCUCCGCAACCUAGUCAACGAACGCAACCGCUCCGGUGCUUACAACACCUUCAGCGCUACCCGUGCCUUAUUAACAUUGAAUCAAGAGAUUCUAGAGCACACGCUUGACCGAGCUCGAGACCGAACCAACUUUGAACAAGCCCGGGCCGCCGUGGAUCGCCAGAUCCAACAGCUCCAGUCCGAGAUAGCUAGCCCACCAGACCUAAUUCGGAGCAUUUGGGCAGACCAGAUUCACUCGGAACGAUCCCUGAGUCCCCUCUCUCCGGACUCUCAGUCUCUUCGACGUCGACUCCCCCGGCCACCAAAUUUUCCUCCAAGCCCAGACGGUUCAUCAUCCAGAUCACCAUCCCUCAUGCCACCAGGCUUGUCGGGCCGUGAUGGCCAGGGACGCCUGAAGCGUCGGAAGCUAGACGCCGAUGAUAACCGCGAAGAAUUUCAAGGGUUUAACUACGGGCGAUAUGGACAAGUCUACCCCGGAAUGCUGCAAAUGGAGAUUGCUAGCUGUGACGGAGGUAUCUAUGAUCAGGAUGAGGGGUGUUCGCGCCCGGAGAACGUCCUGGAAAACAACCAAAGCGUUUACUCUACCAAAGAAGAUCGUUGCAAUCUGAUACUACGUCACCGGGGCGAGGCGCCUUUCUGUCUAAAAAAGAUCGUGAUCAAAGCACCCCAGUGCGGCUUCGAUGCCCCAAUCCAAGAAGGCAUGGUAUUUGUCUCCAUGUCAUCUGACGAGCUUCUCGAUCGCACCGCACGCUACCAGAUUCAAUAUUCCAGUUCUCGAUGGCGCCGCCGACACCGCCGGCAUGGCCUGCAGCCGUCUCAGGAGUACCUAAAUUCAUACCGGUCACCACUACAAAACCUCGAACGCACAGUUCUCAUGGGACCGAAUUCAGACAGUUCUGCUUCUGAUACAACCGAGGACCCACAAAGACAGUUCCGCAUUACCACGGAAUACGAUGAAAACAGCGAGGAAAACAGUAAUUCUGGAAACGACGACACCACCUCCCUCACCGACCUUGAAAGGGCCUACCUCACAGAGCUUGAAAGAGCCCAGGAUGAUCAGAGUGAUCAGGGUGAUCAGAUGGAAGAUCUUUUGACGGAAACCGAUGAGACACCGACCGAUGAUGAGGAUGAUAAUUCAAGGAUACUCCGCCGUGGGCGGAUUCAAAUGAAUCGACGACAGAACAUUCUAAACCGCCUUGCUGAGCAGAGCAGGCGUCGAAACCCCACUCUUGUGAAUCCCAAUCCACCACCCGAACCCAAUCCUCCGGAAGUCUUGAAACCACAUGCGCGAUUCUUCAUUGAGCGACAGAAGAGCAUGGUCACUAUCAAAUUCGAUCCACCUCCAUCCGGCCGUUUCAUUCUGAUCAAGCUAUGGAGCCCACGACCUGAUGGGAAUAUCGAUAUUGAAAGCAUCAUCACGCAUGGUUAUGCUGGUCCGCGGUUCUUCCCAAGUGUUACUCCUCGCUAG